AUGUCUGGUGCUAGUGGUAUGAGAGGUGCAAUAAAGAUAGAAGACUUUAAAGUGGCGAUAAGAACAAUGUCAGAUGGUGAAAUAGAACAGAUAAAAAGAGAGGUUUUGAACAGUUUGAGACAUUUAGAAUCUUCUACGAAGAGAUUGAAUAAAUAUAUCAUCCAUUUGAAGGGAGAAAGUAACGAUGCAAACAUAGAUGAGUAUAAUGAUAUUGUAGACGCUGAAGAGUUUAAUAAUAUUGAUCAAAGUGAUUUAGAACUGUUUGAGGAAUCUGUCAGAGAAAACGGCACAAUUUUGGACAAUUAUAAUCAAAGAAUCGACAUCAUUAAUGAUGAACAGAUCUAUAGAAAAUCAGGGAAGAAAGUUAGUGAUAGUUCAAUUCAGUUAGAAAAUCGUAAGAAAGGUUUAUCGACUGAUAUAGAUAUGGAUAAUUCAGAUGUUGAUAUAGUUGCUCCCAAUAGCAUGUAUCUUUAA